AUGUCGCACCUCAAGUACGCCGAUGCCAAGUAUGUCUUCCUCACGGACUUUGACGGAACGAUCACGCUGCUCGACUCCAACGACCACAUGGUCGACACCGUCGGCAUGGGCUACACCGAGCGUCGCAAGAUCAACGUCGAGAUCGUCGAGGAGCGCGUGAGCUACCGCGAGGGCUUCAAGCAGAUGAUCGAGUCGGUCAAGCGUCCCUUUUCCGAGAUGGAGGAGCUGGUGCGUCGCGACGUCACCCUCGACCCGGGCUUCAAGGAGUUCUACGCCUUUGCCAAGGCCAACAACAUCCCCGUCAUCAUCGUCUCGUCCGGUAUGACGCCCAUCAUCCGCAGCAUCCUCUCCAACCUGAUCGGCGAAAAGGACGCCAACGAGAUCGACGUCAUCUCCAACGAGGUCAACUUCACCGACCCCGAAAAGAAGGGCACCACCUGGGAACUCGUCUACCGCCACCCGGACAACCACUUUGGCCACGACAAGAGCCUCUCCAUCGCCCCUUACCGCGAACUCAAGAAUCGCCCCACGCUCUUCUUUGCCGGCGACGGCAUCUCGGACAUGUCGGCCGCACGCCACGCAGACGUCCUCUUCGUAAAGGACAAGCAGGACAACGACCUGGCCACCUACUGCCGCACCAACAACAUCCCCCACCACAUGUUCAAGGACUGGACCAUCCCCAAAAAGAUGCUCGAACAGAUCAUCGCUGGCGACAUCAAGGUCGACGACGUUGUCGGCAAGAGCUCCAACAACGGCGAUUGGUAG